CAUCUUUUACUUUAGGGCUGUUCGUUUGGUUGCCGCAGGUACCGGCGGCAGCGGCAGCGUCAACAUUUUGCGUCAACUCUUGUUCGUUUCGUUGACGCAGGAACCGGCGGCAGCGACAGCGUCCGAACGCUGCGUCCUGCGGCUGACGCCGAUAAAACCUGCGGUCGCGAUAUGAUAUGCGGCAGCGUCAGCGUCUGCGAAACGAACAACAACUGUUCUCAUUGACGCUGCCGCCGCCGCUGACGCUGCCGCCGCCGCCGAAACCUGCGGUAACCAAACGAACAGGGCUAUAUUUGUUUUAAUGCUCUGUAUAUGUCCAAUUAUAUGUUCUGUUGAUGCAAGAAAACUCAAGUAUUCACUUCGUGUUACCUAUGAAUGAAUGAUAUUAAUUUUUUUUAUUUCAUUAAACACUAAUUCAAUUAAAAAGACAUGAUUUAAAAUAUAGUUUAAAAAGCUAAGGGAGAGGUUUUAGGUGUCCCGCCGUCCAAAAAGAUAUGGAGAUCCAAGGGACUCAUAAAAAUAGACACAAGUUGUGAUUAAGAUAUCUGAUGCCAAUCAACGACAACCACAUCGACUCUCAUUGACCUAAUUAUACCCUACUAUUUGACCCCUCUCUCAAUUUAACAUCUUCGUCACGUUUUAACAUCACCAUAAUUAGUGAAGCCUAAUUGAACCACUCACCACCUUCCUCCAUCUUGUCAUCUUCAUUCCGUGGUUGUGAUUCCAAUGGAAUCUUUGCUAUUAAUAGUGUGUGCGUGUCUAAUCCUUUAUCACUCUUUUAAUUAGAUAUGUUGAAUAUAUUAAAACAUAUAAGGAUUAAAAUUUAGUAUGUAACUCAUAUUAUAUUCUAAAUAUUGACAUAAAUUUCCUAAAGUUUUAAAUUUAGAAUCGACUAUAAAUAAAAUCUGUAAAUAUUUGAUCACUUGAAUUGUAGGAUUUCUACUAGAAGUGGAUUUGUGUUUUUCCAUACAGUGGUAGAGUGGAGAUAGUCUGAUAAGUGAUAAGUAAAACAUAUUUGACCUUCUGAAUUUUUAAAAAUGUUUCACUUUUUUUUGCUAAUAUUUAAAAUUAAAUUUAUUCCAUAAAAAUAGUAACUUCUAUCAAGUUAUAGCAUAAAAUAGUAAAAUUAAAUUUAUUCCAUAAAAAUAGUAACUUCUAUCAAUUUAGAAACUAUUAGUUCAACAAAAAUCAUCAUAAAUUAUAACAAACAUAAGCCAUUAAAUUGAGUUAAACCCAAUUGUGUUCAUUUGUUAAUUUGAUUUUAUAUCCUCUUCCUCUAUUUCAUUUAUUUCAUUUCAGUUUUACAAAUACAGACAUCGAUGCCAAUAAUAAUAAAAAUGCCAGGAUUCAAAGGGGAACAUGUUUUCACAUAAAGAAUGCUAUUCACACACAUAAAUCUAGAAACCAAAUUCCAGCUCCAUUAUUGGUAGUUAAUGGUCAGUGCUAUUAGUUAUGACCAAUCGAUUGGUCCACGUUCUUGUUUAAUCAAACAAUUAACAAUAUAAUGUAAGUAAACAUUGAAAAAGACAAACGAAGAAGAGGUGCAGAAAUGACAAAAGAGGCUUGUACAAGAAUUGCCAAACAAGCAAAAUAACGUGGUCCUAUAAUCUCACCACGCACCAACCAGUCAACACUCAAUUUGUAUUACAGGACAAAUAACAAUUUUUGUUUUUCCUGAACUGGUAAAUCAUCUGCUAAAUUACAAAAUACAAAUUAUAAUUAAAAUCGUCCUUCAGAGGAGCGUGGCGAAGUGUGAACACAAGCACCUAGAAAGAUCUGAGAGUCAAGUCUUCUCGAGUGACAUGUGCAAUGUGAAAUGCAUCAAGACGCGUUUUAGGGGUUUUAUCGUUUAAAUUUCUUAGCUAUCAAUAUCAUCACCAAAGUGUUUCAUCAUAGAUCUCUCCAACAACAACAGCACAUGUUAUUUUAUUCUAGGAUUUGUUAUAGGCAGUAUAGAAGAAGACUCUAGAAGAUCUAGGUACAUUAUGAUGACUAUUGACUAAUGAGUAAUGAGGUCAGGCAACUGCAACAUGAAGGAUGAGUUGGUUUGGCUGAAGGAUAAAUCUGGGAACUACACUACAAAAUCAGGGUACGCAUUAGCAAAGAUCAACUCUGAGGCUGAACCUUCUGACCAUUUCGACUGGAAGAAGAGGAUAUGGGCCCUCAACACCUCCCCGAAGCUCAAGCAUUUACUCUGGAAGGCAAACGUUGGAGCCCUACCCGUUGGAGCCGCACUACAAAGCAGGGGAAUUGAUAUUGAUGAUAAGUGCAAACGUUGUGGAGCAGUUGAAACAGAGAUACAUGUCUUGCUCCACUGCCCUUUUGCUACCCAAGUGUGGAACAAACUCCCCUGUCUCCAUGCUCCAUCUUCACUCCAGCAACCUCCCAUGUCGGUACCGGAUCUACUUGAUAGCUGUAGCAGAGUAAUAACCUUGCCUCCGAUAGGAUUGGGAUCAACUCCGAUCUCGCCAUGGGUCUUGUGGACCCUUUGGACUAAUAGGAAUAAGUUACUCUUUGAAAAUAAAGAGUACACUGUUGAGGAAUCAGUUCUGAAAAUCCUCAAAGACUCUAAAGCUUGGAGAGAAGCUCAGGAGUCGAAAAAAUGUAUUCCGUUGCCACAGAAUGUGGAUCUCUCUCGCCAUGUGUCUAACCCCCAUGUACCCCAACUCCUUCUUGUUGCAGGAUCCUCGUGGAGCGUCUACUCUGAUGCUGCUUGGGACUCUUGAACCGGAAACUGUGGUAUGGGCUGGCACUUCAGCGACAGCAUGGCUUCACCAGCAGGAAGCAACUUCUCAAAACGCCGCUCAGUCCCCUCAGCCCUUGUAGCAGAGGCUUUGGCGUUAAAGACCGCAAUCUCCGAAGCGGUCAACCGUGGCAUUGAUUCUCUUAGAGUGUUCUCUGAUUCCAAAAGCCUCAUCUCUCUGCUUGUUACCAAGAAGAACCACACUUGGAUUCAAGGAACACUCUUCGAUAUUCACUAUCUAUCUAGUUCGUUUAGUAACAUUUCUUUCCAUUUCAUCCCGCGUGUGGGAAAUACUCUAGCUGAUACUCUAGCGAAAUCAGCGCUGCUAUCCUUAAUCAACUCUCCGUCUGUGGAUGAGUAAAAACUACUUAUGUUUUCUUCUUUAGCUAAUCAAGUAUGGU